UUCUACAAAAGAAAUAAUGUCUUCACGAUAAAAUCAGCCAGAACACUCAGUGUGCUCUGACCGCUCGAUCCGUUUAGACAACACAGAAAAAAGUUUAGCAUCAUGGCCGAUGAGAAGAAGAAGGUUAAGAAGAAGAAGACCAAGGAAGAGGGAGGUACUUCUGAAACCGCCUCUGAAGCCGCAUCUGAGGCCGCAACCCCAGCACCAGCUGCCACUCCAGCUCCAGCCUCAACCACUGGAUCGAAGAGAGCGUCAGGUGGCUCACGUGGCUCAAAGAAAUCGAAGCGCGCUGGUUCCAGUGUGUUCUCUGUUUUCUCACAGAAACAGAUUGCCGAGUUCAAGGAAGCUUUCCAACUCAUGGAUGCCGAUAAAGAUGGCAUCAUUGGCAAGAACGAUCUGCGUGCUGCUUUCGAUUCCGUAGGCAAAAUUGCCGCUGAUAAGGAAUUGGACCAGAUGUUGGGUGAGGGCUCCGGCCCCAUCAACUUCACCCAAUUGUUGACCUUGUUCGCCAACCGUAUGGCAUCAUCCGGUGCCAAUGAUGAAGACGAUGUUGUCAUCGCUGCCUUCAAAUCAUUCGAUGUCGACGGUCUCAUUGAUGGUGACAAAUUCCGCGAAACACUCAUGAACUUCGGUGACAAAUUCAGCGCCAAGGAGUGCGACGAUGCCUGGGAUCAGUUUGUCAUCGACGACAAGAACCAAAUCGAUACCGCUGCCCUUAUUGAAAUGCUUACAGGCAAGGGUGAGGAAGAAGAGGAGGAAGCCGCAGCAUAAGCGCUCAGACUUUGACGGCUACACUAUGAUAUUGCACAACACCAGCAAAAAAUAAGUAAAACAAAAAUAUUAUAUAAAAAUAACUUUAAUACAAAACACCAAGAUCUUGUUUUGAAAACAAACAAAAUGUAUCUUUACUUUUUUAAAAAAAUAAUUAACAACAUACUUUGUGUGUAAUUUUACGCAUUCAAUUUUUUAAAGAAAACCAACAACACUUUAGUCCCUAUGUUAGUGAAGAACGAAGAAUGAAUUUGUAUUGCCCAUUCGGUCAUGACAUCCAAUGCCAAAUGAGAAUCAUGCAAAAAUAUAGAGAAAGGUCAAGAAAUGUUUAGUGUAAAAUGUAAAUAAUAAUGCAGUCCCACUGCAUUGGAAGUGUCAACUGAAAUCUGACAUUUAGUUUUUUAGUUGAUAGUUUAAAUUUUACUGCUAAAAUUUAUAAAACAAGCUGAAGAAACUA